AUGCUGCCCUACAUGGACUACAUCCAGAACGCAUUCUACGAGGCCACAGACUGGAACCAGGACAAUUCCUAUGCGCAGCUCACGGCCACAGCUCGCGCGCUGCUCGACUUUCCCACCCCCCGCGGCCUCAAGAUGAACCUCUCCUCCCUCUCAUCCCCCAACUUCGCCACCACCUACGGCUUCGGCAAUGUCGGCGUCGUCGACGGCUCCGUAUCGUACCUCUGGUCGUCGCUCCCGCUCACAAACGUGCAGCGCAGCUGCGACGUCGACCUGCACGCCGUGACGCAGGGAUACCGGCAGCUGCAGGAGCUGCGGCGCCCGGACGACCCGGCAGAUUGGGAGGUGUGGCAGGGCGGGAACAGGAUCGAUGGAAGAAAUACACUGCUGUGUGGGAAGAUGUAUUUACCGGCGUCGCAGCUGGAGGCACUGUAUUUGAGGAGGAUGUCGCCGACGCAGCAGAUUAGACUUACGGCGGUGAGCGACUCGAAGCUCAAGAGUGGUGGGACGAUAAUGGCCAUGCUCCAGCAAGACACCGGCAAGUGGUGUUCAGAGUAUCUCUACAUCACCGACGGUGCUCUCAUCGGCGCCCGCGGGCUCUACAACUUUGGCCGCGACCCCCGCAAAUCAGACCCCCCCACCGCAACCACCGAGUAUGCCGGGCGAUUUAGCAUGGGAGCGGAACUCUACUACGGGAUUCUCAAUAAGAGCGCCGGAAUGUCGACGGGAUUCCGCUACAGCACGCUCCCAACACAUCCCGGUACGCCAUUGACUAUGACCCUAACCCUAAACCCACUCAUGGGACAUCUCUCGGCCACCUACGCCAUCAGAGCCGGAACAUCGGCGGCGUUUUGCAGUAGGUUCGAGUUUAAUAUGUACUCGUAUGAGAGUGACUUGUCGGUAGGGUGUGAGCUGUGGAGACGCCGCUCGAGCGAGAGUAAGGCACCGGGCGGUGAGAAGAAGUCGCUGAGGGAGGAAGAAGAGGAGGAGGAAAUCAAAGAUAAUUUCGCCGGUGUCCUGAAGGCUAGGGUCUCGCAGAGCUUGGGGAUUGGGCUGCUGUGGGAGGGGAGGAUCAAGCAUUUGCUUUUUAGUGUGGGUGCGGGUAUUGAUUUGAGGAGGAGGGAUGCGCCGUUUAGAGCUGUGGGGCUGGAGUUGCAGUACUCGUCGUGA